AUGGCACUGCAGGAACCAGAAGUAAUUGAAUCGGAAAUAUCUCAAGUUCUGAGCAUAGCAAGAGAGAUGGCGAGAAACAAUGGUUGUGAAAUUCUUACAAUUAGGAUAGAGCUACACCUUUAUUCGAUCACAGACUCUGAAAUACUCGAAGAAUCAAUACAAGAUGUUCCAAGGCCUAUUCCAACUAGUAAAGAAGUUAUUCAGAAAUUGGAAAAAGUGAGUUUUCAAACUUGUCCAGAUUCAAUUAGGGAGUGCACCAUUUGUUAUGAAAAGUUUCAUCAGAAUGGUCAUCUUUAUCAGAUUGUGCGGUUGCCUUGUGGGCAUUUUUAUCACAAAGACUGCAUCCUCAAUUGGCUGGAAAUUAGUCAUAUGUGCCCCUUGUUCCGAUACCAGUUGCCAUGUUAUGAGAAUUAG